UUCAAAAAUAUGUUGAAACGUAAUCCAUGCGAAACCAUAAAGCAUGCGUAUGCAGUUAAUUAUGUCUGUGUAUGUAACGGUGAACCUUACUUUGUAACAUGUCUUGUGUGGUUAGGAUGCAGGUUCCUGAUGUAGCUUGUUAUUUAUUCUGGGUAUAUAAAAUGCCUAAUAGUGAUUUCAUUUUACUUAUUUUUAUUUGACUUAUUUUAAAAUUUAAAAACUCCGCACGAUAUAAAAAUAAUAUCUUUUGGAAAUAUUUGUAUACUUUUGUAUUUUCCUAACGUUUUUUAUUAUACGAUUUCAUAAGCUCCUUGUCUUUUUAGCGAUUCUUUUUUUAUUUGUCUUUGUAAUGUGGUCAUUUAAAUAAACCGCAUCAAACAAAACCGCAAAUGAGAAUGUUACUCUUAAUAAAAGUUAAUUGUAAUCCAUACAUUACACUCAAUCUCGGCAGUUUUUGUUAAUGAAAACUUUAUAUGAGCGACCAGUUUUAUGAUCUAAAAUACAAGAAAACCGCAUAGAGCGUACUAUUGCAUGUAAAGACAGUGGUAAACUCCUCCUGCCUAGUACUCCAAAUUCAAGAAUGGACACAUGACAAAUCAAAUGGGCCAAGUGCGUUGACUUAAACCUGGGAGCAAGAAAAGAAGUACUGGGGCUCUUCACUGCUCACCUGAGAUUUACACUACUUGUUCCUGCAAUUGAAGGGCAUUUAACUUUUAAUAUACGUUCUUAAAGGAGCAUGGUAGCCCAGGUAACCUCUCUGUACAGCUAUGGUGAGCUUUAAAACUUUUCAGAACCUUGAAGUGAAUGAGUUACAACAGCAGAAGAUUAUAUCAGGUUCUACUCCUGUCAGGCAAGACUGCACUUGGCACUGGCUCACCAGAAUGGUAUUUUGGAAGUUACCAGAAGCUGUACAGGAUGCCUGAGGUAAAUACAGAUAACCUGGAUGAGAAGCAAGUCCAGCUUCUCUCAGAGAUGUGCAUUCUGAUUGAUGAGAACGAUUGUAAACUUGGGGCAGACACGAAAAAAAACUGUCAUCUGAAUUCAAACAUCAGUAAGGGCUUGUUGCAUAGAGCCUUCAGUGUCUUCCUGUUUAACAGUGAAGACAAACUGCUGUUACAACAACGGUCGGAUGCCAAAAUUACCUUCCCAGGUUGCUUUACAAACACUUGCUGUAGUCACCCACUGCACACUACUUUGGAACUUGAUGAGAAGGAUGCUCUUGGGGUUAGGAGAGCUGCACAACGUCGCUUGAAAGCUGAGCUUGGUAUCCCACUGGAGCAGGUGCCUCCAGAGGAUCUCACAUACUUGACCCGCGUUCAUUAUAAAGCCCAGUCAGAUGGGAUCUGGGGAGAGCAUGAAAUUGACUACAUUCUGUUUGCUCAGAAGGACGUGGAGUUAAAUCCUGACUCCAAUGAAAUCAAAAGUUACUGCUUUGUAACCAAAGAGGAACUCAAAGAGAUGCUGGCAAAAGCAAAGAGAGGCGAACUGAAGAUCACUCCUUGGUUCAGUCUGAUUGCUGACAAAUUUUUGUUCAAGUGGUGGGAUAACCUUCAAAACCUUAAACAGUUUAUGGAUCAUGACAAAAUAUUCAGGAUGUGAGGACUACAUGUUGGUUUAGAAUGAGAACAUUUUAUUUUGCAAAGGUUAAUGGCUUUUUAUGUGGUGUUUAACUUAAUGCACAUUUACUUUUUCUGUUUUUAGGGAAGUGUUUACCACUUACUUGCAUUUGGACAAGCAUACAGAUAACUAAAUUAUCCUAUAUUAAUGUAAAGUGACAGGUGUAAACUUAAUAGUUUGUGCUGGAGAGUGCAAACUAGUUUUAUAAGUUUUUAAGUUUAUCGUUUGGAGAACACGUGUUUAUAGAACUUCUGGGAAAGGAACACUUUAAAAUUUUAGAAGGAAGGAACAGGCUUAGCAACUUAUACAGAUGAAAUAUGUCUUGUUAAAUGUUCAGUACCCCCAUAAGCUUUGACAAUAUGAGAUGUCUUAUGAAGUGCUUUCUGCACAGAAUGGUGUGUAACAAAGAGGCCUUUGGCCAUCUUUUUAGUGAUUGUGAUCAUGUUGCUAAAGGUGUUUCCAAUUGUCUGAUGAGGUCAAAUACUGGCUUGUGUAAACUGAUAUGAAGAUUGAGCUUUCACUGCCGACAUAGAUCAGCCUGGUUAUGAUUUCAGGGUAGUAUGUGUAUUUCUUUAAUUAUUAUUUCACCAAUCUCUUUAACUUAAACAUGUGUUGAACUGAUGAAGAGAUGUGUCUGAAAGUUUCCUAAUAAAAGUGCAAUGCUGCUAAACAAAACAGUA